AUGCAUCGCCCGUCGCAACAACAUCAUCACCCGUCCGAGCGUCCCUUCCGAGAGCAUGCGACGCCGUCCAGCUCCAGCCCCACCCUCCCCGAUGCCCCGCUGAGCAACAUGGCCGCGCAGUCGAAGCUCCUCCCCUCGGACCGCUCGCUCAAGGGAAUCGUCACCGAGCUCACCUCCCUCUACCUCGAGCAUCGGACACGUAUCUCGCGCGCCAUAUACCUCACCCUUUUCGUCGCCCUGAUCAAUCGCGUGCGCAUCGCCAUAUCCGAACAACGCGCUGCAUCUGCCCGCCAUGCCGAAGCCCGCAGGAAGCCAGCCACCGGCUCGACCCAGGGCGAGGCCACCUCGCGCAAGAAGGUCGAGCUCAACCGCGAGUUCUUCCGGAACCUUUUCCGACUCUUGAAGAUUGUCAUGCCGGGGUGGCGGAGUAAGGAGCUUCGGCUGCUCAUCAGCCAUACCAUCUUCCUAGUUCUGCGGACCCUCAUCAGUCUGUAUGUUGCCGAACUGGACGGCCGGCUGGUCAGUAGCCUAGUGAGAGGCAAAGGCAAAGACUUUUUGGGCGGCUUGGUGUGGUGGAUGGCAGUGGCUAUUCCCGCUACCUUCACAAACUCCAUGCUCUCCUACCACCAGUGCAAACUCUCGCUCCAGUACCGCACUCGCCUCACGAACUACAUCCACAACAAAUACCUCUCCCAAAUGACCUUCUAUACCCUCUCCGCCCUGGACGACCGCAUCAAAAACGCGGACCAGUUGAUCACCGUUGACGUCGCCAAGUUCUCGAACAGUCUUGCCGAGCUGUACUCCAACAUCGCGAAACCAGUCCUGGACAUGAUCAUAUACAAUUACUCGCUGUCACGAAGCGUCGGUGGGGAAGGAUUGUUUGCCAUGAGCUUGAUCGUGCAGCUUUCGGCCAGCGUCAUGCGAGCGCUGACGCCUCCGUUUGGCAAGUACGUUGCCGAGGAGGCACGAUUGGAGGGAGAGUUCAGAUCCCAGCAUUCAAGAUUGAUAGACUACAGCGAAGAGGUGGCACUAUACGCUGGGCACGAGGCAGAAAAGGACACCUUGGAUAAGGGCUAUUUCACACUGAUUAAGCACGUGAACCGAAUAUUGAGAAGGAGAUUUUACCAUGGAUUCAUGGAGGACUUCGUCAUCAAAUACUUCUGGGGAGCAUUGGGCUUGAUGCUCUGCAGCGUCCCGGUCUUCUUCAAGAUUCCUGGCGUAGCCGGCAACAACAUGGGGGAUCGCACCGAGAGCUUCGUGACCAAUCGCCGCAUGCUGCUCAGCUCGUCUGAUGCAUUUGGUCGACUCAUGUUCUCGUACAAGGAAAUCAUGGAACUCGCCGGAUACACCGCCCGUGUUUCUACACUCCUGGACGUCAUGGACGAGAUACAAGCAGGACGCUUUGAGAAGAAGUUGGUUUCAUCCGCGGACACAGAAGAAAAUGCAGCGGUGCUGCGAGGAAGAGGUCAGGUCUCGGAGGGCGAGGAUAUUGAAUUCGUGCAAGUUCCAAUCGUGUCACCAAACGGCGAUGUCCUGGUCCGCAAGCUCAGCUUCACCGUCAAGCCUGGGGAUCACAUGCUCAUCGUUGGUCCCAACGGUUGUGGCAAGUCCUCCCUCUUCCGCAUCCUGGGCGGAUUGUGGCCAGUCUACGGAGGAACUGUGCGAAAGCCUCCCUUUGAGGAUAUCUUCUACAUCCCGCAACGGCCAUAUCUCUCAAGAGGGUCUUUGCGACAGCAAAUCAUCUAUCCCGACGGAGUGCGCGAGAUGCGGGAUAAGGGUAUCACAGACGCGGACCUUCUCCGCAUUCUCUCGGUUGUGGAGAUUGAGUCGAUUGUUGAGCGCCCCGGUGGCUGGGAUGCCGAGCAGGAAUGGACUGACGUGCUCUCCGGUGGGCUUCAACAGCGAGUCGCCAUGGCCAGACUGUUCUACCACGCUCCGAAGUAUGCGAUCUUGGAUGAGUGCACGAGCAGUGUUACGCUCGAGAUCGAAAAGGUCAUGUACGACGAGGCCAAGCGGUUGGGGGUCACUCUGAUGACAGUCAGCCAUCGGCGAAGCCUGUGGAAGUACCACACGAACAUCCUCCAGUUCGACGGCCAAGGCCACUACGUCUUCACCAAGCUGGACGCGGAGAAAAGGUUACAGCUUGAAGAUGAGAAGGAAGACUUGGAGCUGCAGCUUCGUGCUGUUCCAGAGAUCGAGAAGCGCAUCGCCGAGUUGACGGCUUGA